GUUAUGAGAAGCACAGCUGAUUUUGGCAAAUAAAAUUAUCGAAUAAUCCAGUACUAUGUUGCUUUACAAAUGUCUAUUUUUUAUUGCAAGCUUAUUUUUAUCAAUGGAAAAUUUUUGUGUUUCACAAUCAGUUAGAACAAAUGGACAAACACCGGAUUAUGACUGGGAUUAUAUAUUAUACUCUCAGCGUUGGCCUAUAACAGCUUGUACUGAAUGGGAAGAAGCUAAACAAGAAAACACCUGCAAUUUACCAAAAGAUAAAAAAACAUGGACCAUACAUGGUCUGUGGCCAACAAAAACAGGAACAGAAGGCCCUUUAUUUUGUCCCUCAGCUAUACACUUCGAUCCUAAUGCUUUAAAUCCGAUAAUGGAUAAGUUGAAUUCAUACUGGGUAAAUAUUGAAGCAAAUACAAAACCUGAUUCAUUCUGGAAACAUGAGUGGGACAAACAUGGAACAUGUGCAAUAACUUUGCCUGAAUUAGAUAGCAUUCAGAACUAUUUCCAACAAGGGUUAGACUGGAACAAACAGUAUAAUCUGUCGGAUAUUUUGACUCAAGGCAAAAUUGUUCCUAAUACAGAAGGAUACACGAUUGACCAAAUUUUUAAUGCUAUAAAGUCAUACACAAAAAAGGACCCCAUGAUCCAAUGUGUCGUAGACAGAAAAUCAAAAGAGUCAAUGAUCAGUGAAAUUCGUAUUUGCUUCAAUAAAAGCUUGGAAGUGAUAGAUUGUGACCCAAGUAACCCGGUCGGCAGAGGUCUAGAAGCUAUCACUAACUGUAAUUUGAAACAUCCGGUAAUGUAUUUUGCAGAGAUGCCAAUUAAUAGAAUUUCUUACGAAAUGGAUUACGUUGAUGAUGCAUUCAAACAGCACUUUGAGGAACAGAUGUAUUAUAUGAGUAUAUACCGGCUUUUGAGGUUCCUUAUAUGGUUUACAACUUAAAAUGGAAUUUCAUUUAGACAAUUUUCAGAUAAGUUGAAUUCAUUUGUACUAUAAAUAAUUUUAGCCAAAAUGAAAAAAUAGCCAACAUUAUCGGUACAGUAUUAACUUUGAAGUGGUGUUACUAUUCUAUUCCAUAUAUUAAGAACUUAAACACAUCAUAUCACCGUUUAGUAUUUAAUAACUGGAACAUAUUAGGAAGAAUUUUAAAAUUGUUUAAACUUUUAUACAGCUAUUCUUUAGUCCAACAUAUAAUCAUUUCACCUAUCCUGGGACCUAAAAUUUAUAAAAAUCUACUCUUGAUAAUGUGUGUUAGAUGUUAGUUCUAGAUAUUUCUGCUUGUUAUUUUCUGGUUGAUUAUUAUCAAAAUGAAUUAUAAUACAAAACAAAUCACCUUUUGCAAUGAUGUUUAUCAUGGUAAUAUAAUUUAAAAAAACAUUGACUAUUGAUAAACUGAUUGCUUUAUAUUUAUUUCAAACCGAUAACAAAGUUUGAAGUUUAUUAAAAUACAGAAUGUGUCGCAAAUAACUACAGUUUGUGAAAAAAGUGAUAGGAAACGUAAAAAUAAACAUUUUGUGUUGUCAUUCUCACGUGGCAAAAUGUUGCUACUAGAUUACAGGUAAAAAAAUAUAUACAGGGGAAAUGUAUUAUUAAAUUUGUGGAUUUAGAAAAAUAAAAUAAAAAACAAACAGUAAAUGACCGUACAAGGUGUUCCUUAUAUAACUUCUUAGCCUAUCUCAAAACCAAAACAUUAACUUCUAGAAGCAUGUUUUUUAGUCUUCUUGAGUAAUAGUAUAUUACGUAAUAAGUGUUGUAAAAAGCAUUUUACGCACGAAUUGAAAAGUUACGCACGACGCCGCGUA